GGAGGAGGAGUUGAUGACUGAGUAUUUGAGGAAAUGAAACAGAAUCUUGAGCUGUGUUCUGUUUAGCAGCUGAUUUUUCCUCUCUCCUCCAGUGAGUCUCGACCUCCACCAGACAUGGCCUCUGAAGAACAUUUCUACUGCUCAAUCUGUCUGGACAUCUUCACUGAUCCUGUCUCCACUCCCUGUGGACACAACUACUGCAAAUCCUGCAUCACGGACUACUGGGCCAUCAGCGAUGUGAGCCAGUGUCCGCUGUGCCAGGAGACGUUCCUCAACACCCCCAAGCUGCGAGUCAACACCGAGUUCAGAGACAUUCUGAAGAUUUUCAGACCGGCAGGACCUGCUGCUGCUGGUCCUGGUGUAUCCUGGGAGGUGUCCUGUGACCUUUGCCCGAAGGGGAAGCGUCCGGCCGUGAAGUCCUGCCUGGCGUGCCUGGCCUCGUACUGCGACGCUCACCUGCAGCCACAUGGCACGGUUCAGGCGCUGCAGUGGCACAAGCUGGUGGACCCCGUGGGGUCUCUGGAGGACAGAGUGUGUCAGAACCACAGCAAGGUCAAAGAGCUUUUCUGCAGGACGGACCGGAGCUGUGUGUGCACGCUGUGCAUGGCCGACCAACACGCCACGCACGAAGCAGUGUCUUUACAGGAGGAGGUGGAGGCGAGGAGGAGCGAGCUCAAGCAUCUGCAGGGAGAAGUUAAACGGACCCUCAUCAGGAAGAGUGUUCUCUCACACAAGAUUCAGAACUCCGUGAAGCGGGGCCGACAUGACGUGGAGAAAGCCAAAGCUGAAAUCCUCGAGUCCUUCGCUGCUCUGGUGGCUUUGAUUGAGAGCAGAAAGGUGAAGCUGCUGCAGUUGCUGGAGGAGAAGCAGAAAGCAGCGGAGCAGCAGGGCAGCGAGUCUCUCAGACGCCUGCAGCAGGAGAUUCAGGACCAUCAGGACUCUGACAACAAGCUGGAAAGGCUCCUGAAGUCUGAGGACGAGUUCACAGUCCUUCAGGGCCUCCCUUCCAUCCCGGCCCCCUCAAAGUCCGAACUCCUCCCCUCUAGAGCCCUAACGCCCUGCCACAUGGAGGCCGUGAGGAAAGCCAUGACCAGGACUACUGAGACCCUCACAGAGCAGAUGGACAGUAUCAUGAAAGACGUGAAGACUGAGGGGGGGACCGAAGAAGAAGAGAUGGACUCCCGAACGGAGGAGGUGUUUCACGAUGAGCUCGGGAUAAUCCAGCAGAACUUUGCUGAAGAAGUGACUCUGGACCGGAACACAGCGCACCCGUCCCUCCUCGUCUCAGUGGACCAGAGACAAGUGACAGAUGGAGGCUGGAAGAGGUCCGCCCCCGACCACCCGUCCAGAUUCGACUGUCUCCACUACGUCCUGGCAAACCAGGGCUUCUCCUCCGGCAAGUUCUACUACCAAGCGUCACUCAGGGGUCAGACAUCCUGGGAAGUGGGUGUGGCCAGGGACUCCAUCGGUAAGAAAGGCGUGUCUCUGUCGCUGAGUCCAGAUCACGGAUGCUGGACUCUGGGGUUGUACUGGGGACGGAUCCAAGCCAACGAUAACCCUCCAGUCGUCCUCUUCCCGUCGGAAGUUCCGCAGAGAGUCGGCGUGUUUGUGGACUAUGAAGGACAACUGGUGUCUUUCUACGACGUGGACAGGAGGACUCUCCUUUACUCCUUCACCCGCUGUGUCUUCACACCGCAUGAAGACGUGCCGUCGUCAUCUGGAGACAGCUGGUGGGGACGCCCAUGUGUCUACACCUGCUCUCGGCCCAAGACGAAGGUCUACCCGAUAUUCAGACCCGGAGCUGGUCCCACCCCUCUGCAGAUCAAUACUGUCAGACCAACCAGAGGAAGGGUGUAAUCAGUGCUGUUAAAGGAGAAUCCAUCCAUCUGUCCAUCCAUCCAUCCAUCCAUCUGUCCAUGCAUCCAUCUGUCCAUCCAUCUCUGUGUAUAAUGUCAGAUUCAACCUUUCAUAUACUGAAAGUGGCUCCAACGCAGUGGACUUCACUGCCAUCGAGGACAUCCUCAUGCCCUUCUGUUUUCUUUUCCUGAUGUCCUCUUGUCCUCCGAUCCUAAUGUCCUCAUGUCUUCCCGAACUUCUGGAUUCCUGUUCUUCUGUCAUCCUGUUUUCCUGAAUGUCUGGCCUCCUGUCUUCAUGUCCACUUGAACUUCUGUCCUCAUUUCUUUCUGGGCUCCUGUCCUCAUGUCCUCAUGUCCUCCUGUCCUCCUGAAGUUCUGACCUCUUUUCUAUCUACCCUCCUGUCUUUCUGUCUUUCUGUUCCAGACUGCUGGAUCCAUGACACCCGGACCGUUGUUUAAGUUCCAGUCAAAAGUUUCCUGUAAUUAUUGGGACUUCUGAACAUUGAAUUUUGAUGCAGAUUGAUUUUGUAUAUUUUUGUAAAGAAUCAUGAAUCCAGCUGAUCUAAAUCCCAACAAUAGACUUUCCAUCUUGGCACAUGCCCUCUUUCUGCUGAACACUGCCCUCUUGAGGUGCCUGUGCGACACGGCAGCUGUGUUCAUCUGACGGGUGUAGCUGAGCCCUGUGGCCACUGGGUGGCAGUGUUGAAGCGUGGUAGUCAAUGCAGGGAAGGAAACCAGGGCCAUGAUGGUUGGGCGGAAAAGAAAUUCUGAAGUUUCAACAUGUACAAAGCAGAGUUUUGCCCCCUGGUGGCUUCAUUCAGUAACUGCCCCUCAGUGUCUCGGUGUUCUCUGACGGGGUUCCUGAUCACUUUCAUAGUGUCGCAGUUUUUUGCCCGACUGGCCGACUGCAGGCUGACAUCGGUCUCCCUGGACUCGGUCAAUAGGAAACAUCUGGAACAGAGAGAGAGAGAGAGAGAGAGAGAGAGAGAGCGAGAGAGAGAGAGAGAGAGAGAGAGAGAGAGAGAGAGAGAGAGAGAGAGAGAGCACUCAGUGUGUCCUUGGUGUUGUAAUGAAACACACAACUCUAAAAUUAGACCCCAAAGACUCCGAUAUUAGCUCACUUCCCAGAUAUGAAAUGUGUGUGUGCGCUCGCACACACACACGCACACACACACACACAAACACACAGCUGACGUCAGCAGACGUGCGCUGUGAGAAACGUUAUUAGGAACACUAACGGUCACAUUCUUCACUCAUGUUUCACCUCCCUGUAACCGAAGUCAGUCUGUGGUUGGAUGCUUGAUGCAUUCUUUCGUGGUCGAGCCAUAAACUCGACAAACAGUCUUGGAAGAAAAAUCCUCUCUUUCCAUGUUUGUUGAAGGUUCUGUGGGAAGAGCUGGAAACCCGAGCCGCUCUGAGCAGCCGGCGCUCCGUCUUCUGCUCAUCAGGGCAAACAAAUGUGGCUUCAGAACGCUGAAGGAGACGUGGAUCUGAAACCCAGCUGUCUCUACCCCUCUCCCCGAUCCCAUGUUUGAAUCCGUCCCCACAACCUGUCUGUCUGUGCACCUCUGAGCUGGUUCUGCAGGUUUCCUGCUCUUAAAAUACUGCUUCUUUUUCCUGUUAUUGCUCAUGUGGAAUUGUUGGACUUUCUCUGUCAAAGUGUUUGAGGUGUAUUUGAUGAUAGAAAACAGAAAAUUGUAGCUUAUACUCCUUUCACACCAAUGUUCUGGGUCUGCCGAGAUCUCCAGAUCGCCGUGGCGGCGGACUGGAGUGCUUGACGGCGAGGCGUUAUACGUCAACAGUCCGAGAUCAGUCUGAAACACGCUUCAUCUCUGAGUGGUUGGUCCGAACCGUCGGAUACGUUUCGCAGUAGCAGGACAAGCAAAACGCCGAAUCGGAUCGCCUUGGUUGAAUGUGCUUUACGUGAGAUUCUGCAUCUGACGGACUGUUCGCGUAUGACCCACUUCCCCCAGUCCGCCACAUCCAGACAGUCUCGGACCGCUUCGGACUGCGGCGUAUUGAUUAACCAUUACUUUGUUCACACAGUUUGCCUUCCGCGAUAGUAUCCGCAGACCUCGCCAGUCCCAGUACGACGGAGUGAAUGGGGUACAAUAGUCACCAAAAACACAAAUUUUGGAAAAUAGGGGAAACUCAACUUUUCUGAAACGAUUUUCAGUGGAAACGCUGAACCCUUCCAGUUUGGGGGUCAUUGUAUCGGCACUCAUGAAUGAAUGAAUGUGAUUCUGCUGUCAGAUCACCGUGCUUCAAAUCAAACUGUACAACGCUGAUGAAUUCGGUUGAAAUAAAGUUAAAAUCC